ACAGCAGCACCACGGCGCCCCGGGACGGCGCAGCGGGCGGUGCCUCGGGCCGCCCCGCCCCCCCAAUGACGGCCGAGCCCGUCACGGCCGCGCGUCACGCGGGCGGCCGCCAAGAUGGCGAAGGUGUCUGAGAUGUACGACGUGACUUGGGAAGACAUGCGUGAUAAAAUGCGGAAAUGGAGGGAAGAAAACUACCGAAACAGUGAGCAGAUAGUGGAUGUUGGAGAAGAGUUAAUUAAUGAAUAUGCAUCUAAACUUGGAGAUGACAUUUGGAUAAUAUAUGAACAAGUGAUGAUUGCUGCUCUGGACUGCAGUCGAGAUGAUUUGGCAUUGUUUUGUCUUCAGGAACUAAGGCGGCAGUUUCCUGGGAGCCACAGAGUCAAACGAUUAACUGGAAUGAGAUUUGAAGCUAUGGAAAGGUAUGAUGAUGCUAUCCAGUUAUAUGAUAGAAUUUUACAAGAAGAUGCAACUAACACAGCAGCAAGAAAGCGUAAGAUUGCCAUUCGAAAAGCCCAGGGGAAAAAUCUUGAGGCCAUCCGAGAGCUGAAUGAGUAUCUGGAACAAUUUGUUGGAGACCAAGAAGCUUGGCAUGAACUUGCAGAACUUUACAUCAAUGAACACGACUAUGCAAAGGCCGCCUUCUGCUUAGAGGAGCUUAUGAUGACUAAUCCACACAACCACUUAUAUUGUCAGCAAUACGCUGAAGUUAAAUACACUCAAGGGGGGCUUGAAAACCUUGAGCUAUCAAGAAAGUAUUUUGCACAAGCGCUGAAGCUUAACAACAGAAAUAUGAGAGCUUUGUUUGGACUUUACAUGUCUGCCAGCCAUAUCGCUUCCAAUCCAAAAGCAAGUGCAAAAAUGAAAAAAGAUAAUAUGAAAUAUGCCAGCUGGGCAGCUAACCAAAUAAACAGAGCAUACCAGUUUGCAGGUCGCAGUAAGAAAGAAACUAAAUACUCUUUGAAGGCGGUGGAAGACAUGUUGGAGACACUGCAAAUCACUCAGUCUUAGGUUGGCACAAAGAUCCACUAUUAAAUUUUCCAGUUCUGUGAUGAACAUGUAAUGACCUAUGGAUUAUAUUACUCUAGUACUGUUAAAAGUUAAUUUUGUAUUGAUUAACUUGCUAUCUAAGAUAAUGUUUUAUGAAAAGUAAAAUACCUAUUUAUUGCUGCUAUGAGAAAGGUGUUGAAUACCCACUGAAAUGAAUAACUUAUCCCUGAAGACAAUAUCAUAAAGAAAUGACAUGUGCUGCACAUCAGACUCUUUAGAUUUUUGUAUCUGCAGUAACUGCUCUUAUGCCGUCAUUUGUAGAAAUAAACUUGUUAAAUGAUUAAAAGACUAUUACAGUGGUUUAUUGGACUUGCAAACAGAAAUUACCAAUGUAUGUAUGUAGAUGAAUAAUGUAUGUGAGAAAUUUUUCUCUUUUUGCAUAUUUAAGAGUAGAAGCACACUACAGAUGUAUACUUUCUGGUAAAUUUUUAUCAUACAGCAAGGAGUGAUUAUAAAUACACUUAAUUAGAGAAAAAAGUUGAUGUUAAUGGUUUUAUUAAUCAGCUGAUAUCCAGUACUGUAGAAAUGCAGAAAACUUGGUGUCCUUUGUUUCAGAGGGACUUUUGUACUGGCUGAAGGCCAAAGACAUUCUCUGUGGCCUAGCGGCCAAAUGCUUCCGUGUCCACGUAGUUCUCCAGUCAGAAUAUGCAUAUGCACUUUUUGAAUUCCUUUUGCGUGUCAUUGUUAUACAGAUGCUUCACAUCGAGAAUUCCAAAACCAUCUGAACGCUGCGUGCUGGUCUGUGCUGCUGCUGCGCCUGCGGUUCAGUGCACUUGCACCCUGGUGUAAGCUGUGGUGUAUUAGCUGCUCCGCAGUGACCAAGUGUCAUAGGCUGUGAGGAUGAGACUGAUUGCUUGACUGCCUUGUACUUACUGGAGGAUAAAAGUGGUUUUACACCAUUAGCACGAAGCAUCUAGAGCACUGUGAAUCUAUGUCUCAUUUGUCUUUUAGGUGCUUGUUUUAUUUACUCAGAUAAUCAGUCAAACGUACUAAUUCAUGAAUUUUGCAGUUCUGAUCAUUCUGGAUGUUCCUCACGUGUGUACGGUGGCAAUUCAGUUACACAGCUACCAUUUCAUUUAUUACAACUUCAGUAGGGUUGCGUAACAGCAGCUAUAUACCCUUGACAAAUCCUAAUAAAAAUAUUGUGGUGUCAUUUUCUUCAUGACUGUAACCACCA